CACCAGCAGAUACUAAAUAUCUUUAAGAUACUGUAUAUUAAAACUAUAGAGAUGAGGUCCUGACAUCCACUUUACACUUUCAAAUGUUUUGAAUGUUUAAAUAACUAAUAUUAUAAUCUUAAAGAGAGAGAGAGAGAGCAAGAGGAAUAUAACGUUACAGAACACUGUGUGUGUGUGUGUGUGUGUGUGUGUGUGUGUGGGCGGAGCAAAGUUGACGACGCCACUUCUCGGGGCAGCUGCUCGGUUUCAGCUUCUCCUGCUACCUUCACGUGCUCCUCGUAAACUUACAAGCCAUAACAAAAUGGAUCCUAUCAUGCCAAUAAUUACGCCAUUGUUACGGUAAUAAUGACCACUGGAGUGUAAUUACAGAAAAUUAAUUGUAAAAAAAAAAAAAGAAAAAAAGUAUGCGUAUCCAUGAAUUAAUUCUAAAUUCAAUGUUAUUUGCAGAUGCUGUCCUCAAUUAUUAAGGGCAGCUUUUAAGGAGGCCUCUGCACAGACAGCCGUGCCAUCUUUACAUUUCUCAGAGCCUGAGAAUUAACGCAAUAGCCUAAACAAUUAAAGGAAUGAUUCAAAGUUACGGAGUAGCAGGCCUAACUGCAUCCAAUUCACCUCUAUAGUUGUCACAGCAUUUUGCUGUCUAAAUGACUUGUUAUGGUAGCUCUGUAGAUCCUCCGCAUGUGUACUUUCCAAUUGCCCACGUUAUUUGUAAGAGCAACAUUCACCAGCCAUUCAGCCUGUUUAGUACAUAAGGAUUAUAUCAAGCAAACGUUGACAUAUUUAAAAGGGUAUAUAUCAAAUCUGCGUAGCACUAAAUACCAGAUUCCCUAUAUGUAGCUUGGUGUAACAUGUGUCACUGUGAUUCGUUCAAAUCUUUUUUAUCUUUUUAUGCGUUAAAUGACACCAAUUGCGGGAUAUAAGUGCACGUGCAGCUUACCUCGUGAGGAUGUCCUGCAGCUUGUGAAGGCAGCAGCGUUCCUGUGAGCGGAGGCAGUUUUUCUCCUCCUAUCAGCGCCAUUGUGUGACAGAGUCUCCGGGAGCUAGGACGGUUUGUGUUUCUGUAGCUGACAGGACUGUUUAAAUACCCCCAUGUUUCUCUUUCAAACUCCGGCGGACCUGGAUGUGAUAUAUGUUUGGUAAAGGUGCGAAGCGGAAGCUGGACGAGGAUGAAGAGGGGCUGGAAGGCAAAACGCUGGAGGCGUCGGUGGCGGGAGGGGGACUAGGCUUUGGUCCAGAGGGCCUGUCGAAGGUGUCAUACACCCUGCAGCGCCAGACCAUCUUCAACAUCUCCCUGAUGAAGUUGUACAGCCAGCGGCCGCUUGGUGAGCCCAGCCUAGAGCGCCGUGUCCUUAUCAACAACAUGCUGCGACGCAUCCAGGAUGAACUCAAGCAGGAAGGCUCCCUGCGGCCACUGCUCCUGCCGCCGUCGCCACCACCCGACGACCCCAUGGAUGAGGGCUUCCGUGAGGCGCCGCCCUCCUUUGGUGUUUUGUCAGCGGCAGCAACAGCACAGGUAUCCCAGCCUUCUACGCUGUUGAUGCCGGUGAUCGCUCCACCGCCUUCACCCCACCCAAUGGUGCCUCCCAACUGCCAGGCAAACCAGGCCUGUCCCGGCCGUGUGGAGGCCUGCCCCGCCCCACUGGAAGCCUGCCUCACUCCAGCCUCUUUACUGGAGGAGGACGGUGGAGAUUCAACCUUUUGUGUUCCAUCCCCACCCACUCCUCCUCUGUCGCCUCCCCCAGUGCAGUCUCCCCCGUUACCUUCGGCACUUCUGAGCCAGGUGUCCCCCAGGGUCCCUGCGUCUGCCUCGUCCAGUGACGGUUUCCCCUCCACUCUGAGUGACAUGGAGUUGGGUCCUCCCACAGCCAUAACAAGGACAGCAGCAGCUAAUACUACGACCGUGACUACCUCCCCAGCUCCCACGCCACUCACCCGGCCCUCCCAAUUAGCACCCCUCUCCCCAACACCCGCAGGCCCACCCAGAGACUGCAGGACCAUGGGUGCUAAACCAGAGGCACCUGGUGUCUUACUAGCAGAAGCUCGCUGUGGCGAGCUCCGGCCGAUGGACCCUCUGCCCACACUGCCCCCUGGUAGCUUAGUAGACUCCUCUUGUCCUUCCUCCCCUCCUUCCUCUGCCUCACCCUCGGGGUUUCUCUCAGACUUGGCGCUGGACGAUGUCCUGUUCGCCGACAUCGACACGUCCAUGUAUGACUUUGACCCCUGUAUGACAACGGGGACUGUGGGCGUGACGGCAGGUGGCAGCCUCACCAAACUGUCACCGGUGGUGACGACAGAUGACCUCCUCAAAUCACUGGCGUCGCCAUACAGCAGCUCCGCCCCCCAGGUUUCAGCCAAUCAGCCUUUCAAAAUUGAUCUGACAGAACUGGACCACAUCAUGGAGGUGUUGGUGGGUUCGUGACUCGCAGAUACCACCACCUCAGAAACACACACAGUUUAAUCUGGAGAACAGACUGGAAUGAAAAUUUGGGAUCGCUUUGGGGGUUUUCUUGGUUGUUGUUUUUAUGUUUUUUUUUUUUUUUUUUUUUUACUUACUUCAAAGGUCGGUAAUUGUAAACAUCAAUGGUGAUGUCAAUUAGUACUACUAUGACAACUACUACUACUACACAACACUGUGCAUGCACUGUGCUCGCCUUUCCAAAUAUGGAAAUGAAGUAACUGGGAAACAAAGACAGAAAUGAGUUUGUAUUUCUAUACUUGUGAGGACCUCCAUUGACUCCAUUCAUUCCCUAACCCUAAUUUAAACCUAAUCCUAGUUCUAAUCUUUAACCUGAACCUAAGCCUUAACCCCGAGGAGUAACUGUAAAUAGAAAAAAAAGGAGGACCGGCAAAUUGUCCUCAUUCUGGAGGAUUUUGCGAUCAUUAUAUCCUUGUGAGGACUUCUACCUCUCACAGGUAAAGAAAUACAAUUGAACACAGAUAAAUAUAACAUUACAUAACAUGCAUACACACACACACACACACACACACACACACACACACUGAAUUCAUGGCUUUUAGCAGAUGAGUGCCUUUCAAAAUGACCACUUAUUCAAUUCCUGUUUUUUACAGUAUAUAUUUUUUUUUUUUACUAGUUCUUUUCACUUUAACAGCCUAGAGAGGUCACUCCUCAGUGUUUUUUUAAUUUAUUGUAUUGUAUUAAAACUAUAAUUAAAUAAGGUAAUUUGUUAAGAUCAAAUAAUAAUUAUUUAAUCUUACUACAGAUGCUAUGUUUUAUUUGUUAAGCAAGCAUAAAAAGGUUUUACGAGAAAUGCAUUGUUUUACCAGUGUGCUACAUUACAUAUUAGCUUGGCUAUAUAAUUAUGCUUUGGGAAUAGCUCCAAAACACAUCACCUAGUUGUUUGUUUAACUCUUUAGCUAGUAGGAAAUGUCUGUUCUUGUACACAUCAUGUCUAUGAAUUCAGUUCAGGACUUUUUUUUUUUUUUUUUUUGCUUUCUUUCCUUAUUGGCAGGCACAUAUAACUGUGCUGGAUGCUAUUUUACAUGAGCUUGAUCAUGUAAAGUAUGUGCUAGUUAUCAUGCUUCAGUUACAGCAGAAUUCAAAUGAGAUACACCCACAGGAAAGCUAGAUGUGUUUACAUUGGAAGUGGCAACAGUGCCAGCACCAACUUUUGCUUUCCAGUCGGAUGUAUAUAAUCUGAAAAGUCUAACCUAAGCACAGACUUUGGGCUCUAAACACAUGUUAAAUUUGGACUUGAAACAGCUAUCACAGAUUGCAGGGAAAGUCAUUGUGGCACCAGCGUGGCUCCAUAGAAUUUCUCAGAAUCACACAAAGAAAACAGAAUAUUUUUGUAGAAAUGCCUUCUGGUUCGAUUCAUACAGAAUUAGCAACAUGAGUGACAGACAAAUUACAGCACAGUAUUACACACAUCCCAUAUUUGCAGAGUAUGUUUACUUGUGUUUAGAAUAGGGGCCCUAGAUGCCAAAUCUCAGAGCCCUGCCUACUUCUGUACAUUGUGCAGUACAGUUUUGAGGUUAACCCCAAAGCUCAUGGAUGUUUAAAACACAUCUGAUAGCCCAAGGGCUAAAUCUGUCUGGUAAAUAAUUUGAAUGUAUUUCACUGAAGUAAGAAACUCAAACCAUUGUAUCAAUCUGAUAUCACAACCAUGCAAAAAGACUCAUUUGUGUUAAAACACUACCCGCUCUCACAGGCCACUAUGCAUGAUUUUGCUACAAAAAGACAAAAUGUGAUGGCUAAGUGCAGCAUCUAAGACAGGGUCUCAUGAGGAGUCAUAAGCUCCACAUGUUUUUCUAUCCCAGCAGACUACACUUAAUUGGAAUCAAUUCUUCAUUUGUCAGUCAAAUGCUGUGUCCACAGUUGAGCCUUUAUACGUUAUGUGUGCUAUCAGUUGAAUUUAAAAAUGUAAAAUCCUCUUCAUACACCAAUCUGGCUAUUAACUGUGGUGCUCCACGUGAAACGAGAUAAGAAUGCAUGGAAGAGCUUGUGCAGUAGAUGCAAAAAGCUGAAAAUCAUUCUCAGUCUACCCUCUCAGACUGCUGACCUUCAUUUAGGAUGAAUGGAUCUCCAACCACAUAAAAAACUUUUGCAAGGAUAUUUUUUUUUUGCAUGUGUGUAUAUCAGUGUCACAUAUUUAUCCAUGGGACAUAGCCCAUUCUGAAAUGGACCAACAUAUUGGCACCAUGAUAACUGUAUUUUGAUUGUUAGAAAAGGCCUGCAGUGGACACAGGCGUUUGCAAUUCACAGACAUAACAAUGUUCUUUUCAAAGUCAAACUGCAGAACCACAACGUAGUACAGAUUUAAGCUUAAGUGCAGAUACAUGGCUUGUUUUUAAGAGUUGAUACAACAAAAUAAAAAGUUAGAACAUGCCUUUUGCUAAAAUAUUUAGAUAGACCAUAAGUUGGCCAAAGUCAGACUGAUUUCCCUGCUUCUUUUAACCAGAUCUUAACAAAUGGGUUCAAAUGUGUAAAGAAAUGACUACCCUGGGGUACUUUUACUCAUUAAUAUUCAGUGCAUUUCAGGACUUGUUACAUGGUCAAAUGUUGUAAUUGCCUUGAGGUCACUUUUUGUGAAAUUGGAUCAUUUAAUUGUUGAAUAUCAGUACCAGCUCCUGAAGAAAACAAUCUGGUACGUAAAUGUUCCACUGCUACUGCCUGCUGCAGAUGAGAGCAGAGUAGUAAGCCAGAUGAAUGAUGAGUUAAAAUAAAACUAAAACGUUCCACAGAAGGAGAGAAAUUGAAAGUCUAUCAACACAAAUAACACCUUACACAUUGUGCAUAAUAAAUUGAUCCAGUGAUGAUAUAUGAGAUAUUGAUGAGUGCAGUUAUAAUGAUCGUUUUAACCUUUUCUUUCACCAAACAUUGUAUAUUGACAUUAUACAUAUCAUCUACAUUUGUCUAGCUAUUCUCAGCAGCAUAAGAGAAAGAUGCUACAGACACCACAAUUAUCCAGAAAUCCAGGGCACUUCAUCCACAGGUGUUGGAAAUAAUUUAGGGUGUACUUUUCCCUCAGAAUUUGUUAAAUAAAAAAUAACACAAGAAACUGUAUACACCUCUGUGUCUGUGAACACAGCCUUUCCAUGGUGUAAAAUGGUAUGUUAAUGGUAUUUCUAGCAGAGGUCCUAACUGAUGGUACUCAGUAGCUAUUAAUGGGACAAAAUGCGUUAUCUGCAUUACACUCUGACUCAUCUUACUGUGUUAGCCAAGAGCAGUGAGGCCGGAGUGACUUUUAAACUUGUUCCAAUGGAAGAUCAGUAAUUUUCCAGAGUGCAUUUGACCUCAGCUAGUAUGGAAAUGAACUGCAUUAUAACUGAAUUCAAAGCAGAGUGUGAGCCGAGCAGAUAGCAGCACCAACUAAUACAGUUUGAAGAUGACUGUGUCUUGUUUCUUUCACUAUGUUUGACUUUUGGAGUGCUUGUUUUUUGUCAAUGAAGUUAUUUAUUCAUAUUGUUUUGUUUUCUCUGUGUAAAUAUAUUUAUUUUGGAUAUGAAGUGAACAUUUGGAUUGUAAAUGCGUGUACAGAAUGUGUGGUAGGAAUGUACUUCAGAUAGGAAUGUAUCUGAGUGUGGAAUUAUGGGUGGAAGCCAUUUUUUAUAUACAUAGGUAGUUAUAUUAUCUUGUCUAUUUGUUUUGUUUGUUGCUAUGUUAUUGAUUUUUGUGGGUCGGUGGCCACAACUUUUUACAUCUUUUGUACUCUUUUGUUCAUCAUUUUCCAGUUAAAGGCGAACAGUUCAUGCAGCAAUACUCAAAAACCCGUCUCCAACCUUCAGAUGUCAAGACUCCAAAGCCUGUCAUAGACGCUUCAAUGCCAAAAGUAAUGUACAUAGUAUGAACAACAUUCGAGCUCCUGAGACUUUUUUGAUCAGUGUUUGUUAACGAAUCUGUUUUAGCGCUGUCUGAGCGUGCAGCAGUUCGAUUUGCCAGGAAAGACUGACUGCAGUCGAGGCUGAUUCCCUCUAUGAAGGCUGUAUUUUACACAGACCUCAGAGCUGUGCCUUUUUCUAUGCAAUAGAACACACACAGAGAGAGAAACUAUCAGCUGAUCACUGUAUUAGGAUCCAAAUGUGGACUGUAGAUAAGAUAUAUAUGUGUGUAUGUAUAAAUCUGUAUCUAUAUAGAUAUAGAUAUAUAUACACACACACACAAGAUAAAUGGACAGCUGUCUAUGAAUAUUUGAAACAGUCUUACUUUUGUAGUUUUAUAUAUAUGUAUAAAUAUAUAUAUACAAUAAACUGUAAAAAGAGA